ACGCUACGAGAAGUCAUGGACGUCCCAACUAGUUCUAGCGGUGCUGGGGAUUGGGUGUCGCCUGUCCUUCAGGGUCGCUGCUAACUCUGUCGCACGGGAGUGUUGCAGUGUGAUCGGUCUGUAAUAGGCACUGCUAGUGGGAGUCGUAAGCAGGACUCAAGGAGACCCAGGAGACCCAGGAAACCUAGAAAUGAACUCAGUGGCCUUUGAGGAUGUGGCUGUGAGCUUCAGUCUGGAGGAGUGGGCUUUACUGCAUCCUGCACAGAAGAAGCUCUACAGAGAUGUGAUGCAGGAAACCUUGAGGAACCUGGCCUCCAUAGGGACAAGAUGGGAAGAACAUAACAUUGAAAAGUACCAAAACCAGGGGAGAAAACUAAGAAGUCAAGUAAUAGAGAAAGUCUGUGAAAGUAAAGAAGGUAGUCAGUGUGGAGAAAACAUCUGUAUUUCAAAUCUCAACCUGAACAAGGAAACCACCAGAGUGAAACUGCAUGAAUGCCAUGUGUGUGGAAAAGUCUUCAUGCAUCACUCAUCCCUCAAUAGGCACGUCCGAUGUCACACUGGGCACAAAGCGUAUGAAUUCCAGAAGUAUGGAGAGAAGCCGUAUAAGUGUAAAGAAUGUGGUAAAGCCUUCAGUUAUCUCCAGCAUUUUGAAAAACAUGAAAGAAAUCACAAUGGGGAGAAAACCUAUAAACAUAAGAAAUGUGGGAAAGCCUUGAGUUGUUCAUGUUCACUUCAAUUACAUAAAAUAACUCUUACUGGAGAGAAAUCCUAUCAGUGUAAACAAUGUGGUAAAUCCUAUACAUCUUACAAUUUUUUACAGAGACACAAAAGGAUUCACGCAGGAGAGAACCCCUAUACAUGUAAAAUAUGUGCUAAAACCUUCCAUUGUUUUAGUCGUGUUCAAGCACAUGAAAGAACUCACUGUGCAGAGAAACCCUAUGAGUGUAAACAAUGUGGUAAAGCCCACAGGGAUACCAGUUCCCUAAAAAUACAUGAAAGAAUUCACACUGGAGAGAAACCCUAUGAAUGUAAACAAUGUGGAAAAGCCUACAGAGAUCCCAGUUCCUUAAAAACCCAUGAAAGAACUCACACUGGAGAGAAGCCCUAUGAGUGUAAAAUAUGUAACAAAGCAUUCACUUAUCCAAGUUCUCUUCAAAAACAUAAAAGAACACAUACCGGAGAGAAGCCCUAUGCAUGUAAAAUUUGUGGUAAAGCCUUCAGCUCUUCCAGUCAAGUUCGAGUACAUGGAAGAACUCACACUGGAGAGAAACCCUAUGAAUGUAAACAUUGUGGUAAAGCCUUCAGUUAUUCCAGCUAUGUUCAAAUACAUGAAAGAACACACACUGGAGAAAAACCCUAUGGAUGUAAAAUAUGUAGCAAAGCAUUCACUUACCCCACUUCUCUUCAAAAACAUAAAAGAACACAUACUGGAGAGAAACCCUAUGAAUGUAAACAAUGUAAUAAAUUUUUCAAAUUUUAUAGUUCCUUACACAUACACCAAAAAACUCACACAGGAGAGAAACCCUGUGAAUGUCAGCAAUGCGGUAAAACCUUCAGAGAUCACAGUUAUCUUCAAAAACACGAAAGAUCUCACACAGGAGAGAAACCCCAUGAGUGUAAACAAUGUGGGAAAGCCUUCAGAGAUCACAGUUCUCUUCAAAAACAUGGCAGAACUCAUACUAGAGAGAAACCCUAUGACUGUAAGAGAUGUGGUAAAGCUUUCAGUUUUCAUAAGGAUUUCCAAAUACAUACAUGAACUCACACUGCAGAUACCUGUGAAUGUCAAACACGUGGUUAAGUGUUCAGGUGUCCCAGUGAUGUCGGCACACAGGAAAGAAUUCACACUGGUGAAAAACCCCGUGACUGUCAGCAAUGAAGGUAAAGUCUAUGGAAUUCACAGUCUUUAAAAUGUGUGAAAGAACUCAUGCUGGAGGGAAACCCUAGGAAUAUAAAGAGCACGAGAAAGCCUGCAGUCAUGACUGUGCCUUUCAGAAAGAUACAAAAGAACUCAGACUAGAGGAAAGCCCUGUGAAUAUAAGUAAUUUGGAAAAGACUUCAGAUAUUGGCAAAUUUUCAAACCCACAAAAGAAAUCAACCUGGAGAGAAACCAUGUAUAAAAAAAUGAAGCAUUCAGUUGUCUUAGUUUUCUUUGGAAACAUGAAAGACAUGUCACUGGAGAGAAACCCUUUGAAUGUAAACAAAGUGGUGAAGCCUACAGAAAUCGUUCGAAAUAACUCACACUGAGGGAAAAAAAACAUGAACGUAAGAAUUAGAGAAAAGUCUUCAUUUAUCACAACCUUUAGAAGACACCUGACAAGGCACACGGGAGAAAAAAAAAAUGUAGAGUGUGGGAAAGGCUUCAGUUACUCCAGUUUCUAUCAAAACUAUGGAAGGACUCACUAGAUAAAACCCCUUGGAUGUAAACACAAUGGGAAACACUUGGGUUGAUCUACAUUCUUACAUGUGAAAACUCCCACAGAAGACAAAUAGAAAUGUAAGUUAACAUGAGGAAGCUUGUUAAAAAUUGAUCUAUGUAUACGGUACCAGAAAAUUUUCAGCAUGAAAGAGCUAUAAUAUUAAAGUUGCAAGUACAUUGUGUUUAUUAAAUAUUUUUUAAAGUCAUCACUGGAGUAUGGGUUUCUACUCAUUACUUUCAGAAAUGAAUAUUCAAGUGUGAUAAUUCUGAGAAUUUUCUUUCAACAAUAGCCAUAAGAUAAGUGACUAGUGGUUUUUCUUUAAAACAUUUAAUAUCUUCUUACCAUUUUGAAGCCUGUUAGAUUCAUGGGUGAAUUGAAGUGUAUUUUUUUGUAUUUUAUUGUUUAUGCUAUUAAAGUGUAUUUCUUAUAUACAGGUAGGUUAAAAUUUACGAUGUUUUAUUCUGUUAGGACAUCAGUAUGUUUUCAAUUAUGUUUGAUUGUGAUUAAAAGCACGUGCAUUUUUUGUUAAAUGAACACCUGUAGGUAUGUGUUUUUAUUUCAUAAAAAUAGUUUAUUAAUUUCUCA